AUGACCGCCACGAUCCUUCGCACGAACUACGCCCUCCUCCUCUUCUAUGUGCGAGAGAAGUACUGGCACCAUGCGGAGGAGGUGUGCCUGUCCGUCAUCCAGUCCACGGAUGAUCACAUGUUCCGUGUGUGGCGGGCGCUGACGCUGGAUCGUCAAGGCAUGGCGAACGAUGCCAUUCGCGAGUACAAGACUGUCGAGUCGCGCCGCGCCACCGCCGUGCCGGCGCUCAUGGGCAUGCAGCUCAUCUACAAGCAUAACCGCGACCAGGAGGGCGUGGCGCAGACGGAGGCGAAGCUCGACGCCUUCGAAGUGGCUGACAACAUGGGUGCCUGGGUGCAGGCGGCGGCGUUGUGCUGGGCAGCGGGGGACAUCAACGCGGCUAGAGACAUCCUGCUCAAGUUCGCGGACAACGAGGCGGCGAUGGCAUACCGGGACGAGUACACGAACUACGGCACCAUCCGUGGGUGGGUCGAUCUGCUGUCAGGUCGCGGUGCGCUGCUGGAGAAGGCCGGUGCGCUGUUCUCCAGCAUGCUGGAGAUGGAGGCGUCGCAGUACUCGUUCUUUCAGGCGGGCAACGAGGCCGGCGGCGGCGGCGGCGGCGGCGCCAACAAGUGGACCGACAUGAACGCCGCGCUUGGCUACGUGGCCUUCCUCGAGCACAAGACACAGUUGACGAAGGCGCAGAGUCUGCUGGAUCGCCUUGUCGUCCUCUAUCCAAACUGCAGCAUCCCGCCACUGGUGGGCAAGGCACGCCUGCUCAUGCAGGCCGAGGACUGGGAGCAGGCGAUAGAAGUGAUCCACCGCAUCCUCGCCCACGACAAGGGCAAUGUCGAGGCCCUCGCACUCGAGGCACUCUACGCGAUUGGGAAGGACACCCGUCAAGACGCCGCACCGGUGCGGGUACGUCGCCUGCUCGACGCCGUGCGGGCCAAGGAGCCGCGCAACGUGACGCUGCUGCACCAAUUCGCGCUUGUCUUCUCUCGCCUAGCGGGUGAUCGGCUGGAUCUGUUAAACAUCACCACGCAGUUUUCGGAGAUGGCGUGUGCGCUGGAUAGCCGCAACGGUGAUGUGCUCUGCGGGUUGGGGUACCAGCAGCUGUACCGACGUGACUACAAAACCGCCACGGCGACGUUCCGCAAGGCCGCAACGCUGACGGACAGCCUGGAUCCGCUCCUAGGGACUGUGACGUGCCUCUUGCACCAGGGCGACUUGGAGGAGGCGGCGACGCAGCUAAAAUUUUGUAACGAGCUGCAGCCGGCUUCGCAGCGCAAUGCGGAGCUCAGCUUGCUGAACGCACAGCUGCGGUGGCGCCGGCGCGGGCUGGAGGAGGAAACGGCGGUGUUACGGUAUCUGGAUCAGGCAGCCGAGGCGAUCCGGCAGGACGUCAAGGAGCACGCGGGGUCUGGGAUGGAAAUGUACGUGCACCUCAACGCCCCCGUUGCGCUCGCCAUCGCCCAUGCCUACCUCAUGCACUGCCCCAACGAGCCACCGGACCCGAUGUUCAAGCACACGGACGUGGUCGGCGAGAAGUGCGGGCGCCAUCUGGCGUUCAUCGUGCAGCACCUGCCGGCCUGCAUGGAGGCGCAGCUGAUGCUGGCCAAGGUAUGGUUCAUCACAGGUGACGUACGCAAGGCGCAGAACCUGCUCAAGAACUCGCUUCUCAUGCAGGAGCAGCCGCUACCGGACGCCUUCCUGCUGUCGAGCCACAUAUGCCAGUACAUGGGGGAUGUCAAGCUCGCCAGCCAGGCCCUGGAGCAGGCGCUAACUCUCGACUUCUCCCUACAGGAGCAGCCCCUUUAUAACCUGCUACUCGGCACAGUGCAAGGCACCACGGGCAAGUACGCGGAGGCUCUCGCGUCGUUGCAGCGCGCCUACGGUAUCGUGAAGAGCGCGGCUGCCGCGACCUCCGCGGGCAAGCCAACGGACCCGCUCAGCGUGCCGGAGACGGUGACUCUGUACCUGCAGCUGGCGCAGGCGCAGCUGCGCGUGCGCGACGUGGAUGCGGCGCGGGCGACACUGGCGGAGGCAGCUCUCAAGUUCCGAGACUCGGCGCAGAUGGGGCGCGUCAUCAUUGCGCAGGCGAUGCUGGCCGCGCGCACAGAUGUCGAUAAAAGCAUCGAGCUGCUGCGGCAGGUGCCGAGCAAGAGCGAGUUCUACAUUGCCGCCCACUCGCAGCUUGGCAAGCUCUUCCUCACGCAGAAGCACAACUUGGGCAUGUACAUCCAGUGCUUCCAGGAGAUGGCCGAGGCGGUUCCGUCGGCACAGAGCUACGUGGCGCUUGGCGAAGCCUACACAGUGAUUCAGGAGCCGGAGCAGGCGAUCGCGGCGUACGAGAAGGCCAGGGCGCUCUCGCCAUCCAGCAGCGAACUGUCUGUGCGCGUCGGCCGCGCUCUCGUCGCGGCGCACGACUACGCCAAGGCAAUCCGGUACUACCAGGACGCGCUCAUAUCCGACCCGCACCUCUCCAUCGUGCGGGCCGACCUCGCCACGCUCCAGUGGCGGCUAGGCCGCAUAGAUGCGGCGCGCGAGACGAUCAUGAUGUCCCCCGUGUACGAGCUUCCCUCCCCAAACGGCGCCGGUGCAGGGGCGGCAUCCGCGGCAGCGGCGGGGUCUGCGGAAACGGUGGGGACGGGGAUUGAGCGGGUCAACCUUUACCUCCUCCUGUACAAGGUGCUGCGCGACCAGCCGUGGACAGUUCCGUUGAGCGCGCAAGGCACCGCCGACACUGGCAGCGACGGCGAUCAUGGCGAUACGGCCCUGGCGGCCCUUCUCACAGCCCGAUCGCUGCAACGCCGCCUCAUCGAGCAGGAGCUGCGUACCGAAACGGCCGAAGUCAUCGCCGAGCAGCGCGUCAUCAUGUCGGGGAUUUGUACUGAGCUAGGCGCGCGGUGUAUCUACAGCACCCCUGCGCCGCCGCCCUCCUCGGUCAUCAUGACGGACAAGAAGGUAGAGGCUGCCGCGGCGCUGGCGCUCCAGUCCGCUGUUGCGGCCCGACUGACGAGCGCGCGGGAGUACCUGCGCGAGGCCAUCAAGUACGACGAGUCGAACGAGUGCGCCCAGCUCGAGUCGGCGCAGCUCUGCUACCGCACCGGCGACAUGGACGGGUGCGAGCGACACUGCACGACAGUGCUGCGCAUGGCAGACGGCAGUUCGAGCAAUGCGGAUGCAGUGAUACUGCUGGCGAACCUGUACACGCAGCAGGGUCGCGCCGAGGACGCUCGGGACAUGUUCGAGGACCUGCUGAGGAAGGCCCCCCAGAAUUACGAAGCUUUGGUCUACUACCUCAUCCUGCUCUACCACGCUGGACAGCUGACGGAGGCCAAGGACGCGCUGGGUAGGGCAGCGGCAGCCGUACCGGCGGGCCAGCGCGCCGACCCGGGCCUGAGCUACGCGCGCGGCCUCUACGAACACUUUUGCAACAACAACGCCGAGGCUCUGCGACACUUCAACUUGGCGCGUCUGCCAACCGACAACGCGUGGUGCACGCGGGCGUUGGUGCGCAUGAUCCGAAUUUACCUCGUGCCGACCACGCAAGAUCUCUGGGUGCGAGGCGCAAACCCGGCAGCGGCAGGUGCACCGCUCUCGGAGCAGCAGCACCAGAAGUCAGCGCCCCCGAGCAAAGGCCCCUCAGCGGCGGCCGCGACCGGUGGCACGGAGCUGCACGACAAUAUACGCUACGCAGAGCAGCUGCUGUUACUGCUGCCGGUGCACAGCGAGGAAAGACGCAUUCUUCAGGCAUACUGCACGAUGGCGACGCGGCGCCAGGAGGAGCUCGGGACGGCGCUGCAUCUAUUCCUGGAGUGCAUCGUGGCGGCCGAAACCGGCGGCGUGUCCGGCGCGGCGACGGUCGAGAAGAAAGGGAGAAGUGGGGCCGAUAAAGACGCCUCCAAAGCCGGGAAGACGCCGCGGCGUGUCGGUGACAGCGACUCGGACGACGACGACGAGGACCUCCAGCUCCUUGCGAGCAUGCACGAGGCCGCCGCGGAGCUGGCGCAGCGCAGCAGCGGCAGCAACACAGCCACACUCGCCUUCGCGCUGCAGUGCAAGGUGGUGCACCCGGAGGCGUUUCUCGGGCUGGCCAUCAGCCUCUUUGUUUCUGGGCAGGAGACGGCCGCGCGCAACGUGCUGGCGAGGUUGCUGGAGAGCAAGAAGGUCAUGACGAAGAUGCCGGUGACGAAGCCGGCGGACAAGAGCAAGGGCGACGCCGCGGAGCGGCCAACCCCGAUCGUUAUCUCUCCCCCGAUAGCAAUCCUCACCUGCUCCGAGGACGACACAGUCGAGCGUGCGAUGCUCUUGCAGGCGUACAUGGACACGCAGGAGGGCCAGCUCGAGAAUGCUCGGUUCGUGCUGCAGCAGGUGCUGGCGGCCAAUCAGGGCUGCGGUUCCGCCUGGAACGCGCUCGGCAUGAUCUACGAGCGGAACCAGAAACAUAAGGACGCCUCGCGGUGCUAUCAGAAAGCCUGGGAGCUGGUGCAGGAGUCCGACCCGGCUGUCGGUUACAAGCUGGGGUUCAACUACCUACGUGGCGGCGAGCCGGUGAAGGCGAUUGACGUGUGCAAGCGCGUGCUCGCCCACCAUGCCACGUACCCGCGCAUCGAGGCAGAUGUCAUGGACGUUGCCUAUUCAAUGCUACGGCCGUAA